AUGAGUGAAGCUCAGUUCAAGAAGGCCGUUGAGAUUAUCCGUAACCUGCCUAAGGACGGUCCGGCUAAGGUCAGCCAGUCUCAGCAGAUCAAGGUCUACGGUCUUUACAAGCAGGCUACGGAGGGUGACUGCAACAUCUCGCGCCCGGGUAUGCUCGACUUCACUGGCCGUGCCAAGUGGGAUGGCUGGAAUGCCGAGAAGGGCAAGUCGAAGGAGCAGGCGAUGAAGGACUACGUUGACGUGUUCAUGGAGAUCUUCAAGCCCCUGGAGGAUGAUGCCGAGUACGCCAAGUACAUCCAGGAGGUCCAGAACGCUGCCUAA